UGUGGCAGGUAGCAAAAUAGCGACGAGUUUCCUCACCUGUCUCACCUUACCUACGAACGCCGCACUUUGAAACACUAGCCAACCAUCGAAUACCACCAGGAAAUGAACCUCAAAUGAUUUUACGUUAGGUAAAGUGAAUAUUGUUAACUCCAAGCAACUUGGUGUCAUGGAACCGACUUAUCGUGGUCUGGGGCGCUGUUCAUGCGCCUUUUGGUUGGCGGUGGCUUUCGACAUAUUCGGAUUGCUUAUUCUUUUAAUCGGCGUGUUUGCUGAUGUGUUUUUCUAUGACUUUUUAAUUUACGCCGGUGCCAUAAUAAUUUUCAUGAGCCUCAUCUGGUGGGUGUUUUGGUACACGGGCAACAUCGAAGUGCCCCACGAGGAGUUGGAGGAUGACGUUGGGAUGUUGAAAAAGAACCGGGGUAUCGCAGGUGCGGUGAGGCGUCUUUCCAGCCGUUUCUCCAGCGGCAUCAGGAAUUCGCUGCGUCGCACCGGAGGCCCCCCUCGUGGACUAGGCACGGCAGCAAAUAGGACAGGAUUCGGGAUGUCAUUACGCACGAGGGAUGCCCAACCGGAGCCGCCACCAGUCAUCCUGGCUAUGGGGCAAGAUGAGAACGUGCAAACUGUGUCUGAAGCCGUGGAUAACGACAAACAUGUCUCUGACACAACCACCGAGACUGGGGCCAUAUGAUGUUGUAGGCUUUAAUAAUGGAAGAUUCGACUGAAGAUUACAGAUCUCAAUGUUUACAGGCCUCCUCAAGUGUUCAUAUGCAAAAUGUAUAUUUUUUAAUACAAUUUGUAACGAUUGUUUUUAUUUGUAUAAUUAGAUGUAAAUAAUUGUAUUGAAUUGAAAUCGUUUCUCUGUGUAUUUUGAUGCUGCCCAACUCAGUUUAAAAUGACCUUAAAGGCUUGAGGAAAUAUGUUGUUUUUGUGUUCACUUAAUGUGUGCUUAACGCUCCCAGCGACACCCUUUGAUAAGACCCACACCUCAACGACCUUUAAACCCAUUUUAUUAUUCUGACUUCCUUUUUCUCAAUUCUGUGUCUCAAAAAUGGGAUCAAUUGCUUAUGUCUUAAGCUUGCUCGCGCAUUCACACACACACAUUUUAUUUUUUAGAUUACUGCUUUCUGUGUUCAUCAACAUUCUGUGACUGAAGUUGAUGGAGUAUAAUUAAACUGCAUUUUUAGAUCACAUUGUGCUUGUGUAAAAGAUCAUUCUUCACAUUACAUGCAGGUUUUGCUACCCCAUACAAUUCAACAGCCACAACUAUGAUAGGACUAUAUUCUCCAAUUUACCUUGACUUUAUUGGUUUAGCAAUAUGGGCAAAAAUAUGCAAUCAAAAUGGUAAGCACAUAAACUGCUGCCUAUAUAUGCUGAAAUGAAUUACACUAGCCAAUGAGAUUACAUAGCCUCACAGCAAGAUGGUCCUGGGAUUCCUUCAUACAGCACCGUUCUGCUCAGAUGUCUUCUAGGCCUCUUUGUGUGAGUUUGCAUGUUCUGUCAGUGCUCACAUGGGUUUCCUUUGCAAAAGAACCCCCAAAUAAAAACUUGCAGUACAGAUUGCUGUCCUCC